GAAAAGUCCCUCUCAUUCUCAACCAUGGCAGCCAUAGUUUCAUUACUCAUUUUUUCUCUUCUUGUCUUGCUUUCAAUUUCAUCAUUUGUCAAUGCACUUAAUUUGAACUACUAUGACCACACAUGUCCACAGUUGGAGCCUGCCGUCACCAAGGCUGUAAAGAAAGCCAUGUCAAAUGACAAAACAGUCCCUGCCGCGCUGCUUCGCAUGCACUUUCAUGAUUGCUUCAUCAGAGGUUGUGACGCUUCUGUUUUGCUGGAAUCCAAAGGAAAGAACACAGCUGAAAAAGAUGGACCUCCCAACAUUUCUUUGCAUGCUUUCUAUGUCAUUGACAAUGCAAAGAAGGCCGUAGAAGCUUUGUGCCCCGGUGUCGUAUCCUGCGCUGACAUCUUAGCUAUCGCUGCUCGCGACGCCGUCGCUCUGUCUGGAGGUCCCACUUGGGAGGUGCCAAAAGGGCGUAAAGAUGGGAGAAUAUCCAAGGCAACCGAGACCAGACAAUUACCAGCUCCCACUUUCAACAUCUCCCAACUAACACAAAACUUUGCUCAACGAGGCCUCUCUGUCACAGAUCUAGUGGCUCUCUCAGGAGGGCACACUCUUGGGUUUGCUCAUUGUUCAUCGUUCCAAAACCGAAUCCACAACUUCAACGCGAGCCUCGACGUUGACCCAACUUUGCACCCAUCAUUUGCGUCCAGCCUGAGGAGUGUUUGUGCCGCUCACAACAAGGUGAAAAAUGCCGGGGCAACCUUGGAUUCUACUGCAACGAUUUUCGACAACGCGUACUACAAGCUACUUCUCCAACGGAAGAGUGUGUUCUCCUCGGACCAAGCUCUACUCACCUCCCCAAAGACAAAGGCAUUGGUCUCGAAAUUCGCAAGCUCCAAGGAAGAGUUUGAGAAGGCUUUCGUGAUGUCCAUGAUCAAGAUGAGUAGCAUCACCGGUGGUGGUCAAGAAAUUAGGCUUGACUGUAAGGUUGUUAGGUGAAUUUAGAAGCACAAAUCUAUAAAUUUUUUAGGAAU